AUGUUUUUGUGGCUACGCUAUGCUGCUAUAUUAUGCAGUGGAGGUGUUACCAGCAGUUAUAUCAGAAAAUCCCAAGCGUCAAUCGACAUGCCACUCGAACUUUUUCCUUCACCCCUUGGAUUCAAUGCACCAGAGCAGGUUCACAUAACACAAGGAGAUGACGUAGGACGAAGCAUGAUAAUUUCAUGGGUGACCCCAAUAAAGCCACAUCCAAAUGAAGUCACUUAUUGGGAAGACAUAAAUGGCAAACAUGGUCACAAACACAAGAUUAGUGCUAAAUUCACUUCUUACAGAUACUACAAUUACACUUCUGGUUAUAUUCAUCAUGCAACAAUCAGAAGACUAAAGUAUAACACUAAGUACAUUUACGAACUUGGAAAGCACAAUACCACUCGGAGAUUCCACUUCACAGCUCCUCUUCAAGUUGGACCUGAUGUUCCAUACACCUUUGGUGUCAUGGGUGACUUGGGACAAACAUAUGACUCGAAUCAAACAUUCAAGCAUUAUGUGGCGAACCCAAAGGGUCAAGCAGUGCUGUUUCUUGGUGAUCUUUCAUAUGCAGAUCAUUAUGAAUUCCACGACAAUAUGAGGUGCGAUAGUUGGGGUAAAUUUAUCGAGAAGAGUGUUGCAUACCAGCCGUGGAUUUGGACAGCAGGAAAUCAUGAAAUCGACAAUGCUCCGGAGAUUGAGGAAAACACUCCAUUUAAGCCAUAUCUGCAUCGUUAUCACGUUCCUUACAAGGCGUCCCAGAGCACAUCUCCUCUUUGGUAUUCCAUUAAACGUGCAUCGGCCUACAUAAUUGUACUGUCUUCUUAUUCAGCUUACGGUACAUAUACUCCACAAUAUAACUGGUUUCAACAAGAAUUCCCAAAAGUGAACAGGGCUGAAACUCCAUGGCUCAUUGUUCUUCUUCAUUCUCCAUGGUAUAACAGUAAUAACUACCACUACAUGGAAGGAGAAAGCAUGAGAGUCAUGUUUGAAUCUUGGUUUGUUCAGAACAAAGUCGAUCUCGUGUUUGCUGGACAUGUUCAUUCUUACGAGGGCUCGGAAAGAAUAUCGAAUAUGAAGUACAACAUAACAAGUAAUUUAAGCACUCCAGUGAAAGAUGCUUCUGCUCCGGUGUACAUAACCAUUGGUGAUGGUGGAAACAUCGCAGGCCUUGCUAAUAAUUGA